ACGCAGACCGCUAUCAGAGCUGCAGCACGCGCUACGGAGAAUCCCUCUUUAUCCAGAAGACAAGCCUCCUGGAUAAAGAUUACAGCAGCAAAACAUUUGCAUGCACCAUGAAGUUUCUGCUUUUGGUCUCCUUGGUUGUUGUCCUAUCUGCUGAUGGAGAGUCUGUACCAGUUGAGCAGGACACCAGGACAGAGGAUUUGCUUGCCCAGUGUUUAGUUCAGAUCCUUUCUAAGGCACUGUAUAAAACAGAUGCUGCUCCAUUGCAUCCAGAAUGCAAAAACAUCCUCAAACCAGUUUCAGGUCACACAUCAGUCGUGAAAAAGAGUGAGGAUUCUGCUCUGAAAACUGCUCAAGAGGAUGUGAAAAGACCAAGCGGAGAGUCUGAAGUCAAUGAGGAAGAAACACUUGAGGAUCUUCUCAAAGCUGAGAAAGAAAAACAUGAUGAGUUGAACGAUGAACGCAGCCAAGAAGACUUCCCAAGUUUUGUCAAAAGAAGACUCAAAGAUAAACGUGAGGAACAGGAUGAUGAACGAAGCCAGGAGGACUUCCCGAGUUACUAUAAAAGAAGCAGCAAAGAUAAAAGAGAAGAUCCUGAAGACGAGAGAAGCCAAGAGGAAUUCCCUCAGAAACGUCAUUUCUCCAUUUUACACAAAGAAAAGCGUGAUAAUCCUGAUGAGGAGCGCAGCCAGGAGGAAUUCCCUCCAUACCAGUAUAAAAGGAGUCGCCUUCUGAGCAGCAAAGACAAGCGUGAAGAUACAGAUUAUGAUAGAAGCCAAGAGGAUUUCCCAAGCUACACCCACAAACAAAACCAAGGGGAUGAAGAGGAGAAAGAAGAGGAUGAGAUAGAGAAGCAGAUCUGGAAACCAUCACACAGAUACCACCACAAGAAAAUGCUUCACAAACGAGAUGAGGACUCAGAGAAUGAGAAUUUUGAAGAUCAAGACUACGAUAGAAGCCAAGAAGACUUCCCAAGCUACACCCGCAAACGAAACCAUGUGGAUGAAGAUGAUGAGGAGGACAAGGAAGAGAGAGAAAAACAUAUCUGGAAACCCUCACAUAGAUACCACCACAAGAAAAAGCUCAACAAACAAAAUGGAUAUUCAGCCGAGGACAUGAAAUCUGAAUCUGAAGGGGUGGACGUGGAUUUCGUAAAACGAUCUCGGAAACCCUCUAGCAGAAACCACCAUAAGAAGUACCACAAACGCAGUGGGGACUCAUCUGAGGAGGAUUAUGAGGAACAGACACACAGAUAUCCCCCCAAGCAUAAUCACAAGCUUGGCGACUUCAUGGAUUUUGAGAAUGAAGAUGAACCAAAGAUUGCCCAUGAGCUCAAUGAAAAGAGGCAUCCCUCAAACAGCCAGGGGGAAGAAGAUGAGCAGAAGAGACACCAGAGCACUGCAGAAGAAGAGCAGGACAAGGAGGCUGCACUGAGGUACCUCACAAAGAAAAAGAACGAGUUAGAGGAGCGUCUACUUAACAAGGUUGAAUUUGAUGAGAAACGUUCUCCCUGGAUUUACAGAGAAAGUCAAGAUGUGAGUACUGGCCCGCAUUACAAUCGUAACCUAGAGGAGAUCGCUGAGACCCUACGGUACAAAAGGGGCCUGCUUUCUCAGGAGGAGUCACUUGAGGAAAAAAAGGAUGUGCCACAUUAGAAGCUUCUCACACCAGAAGAGUUAAACAAACUUGAGAAACUGGCCUCUGUGGACCAACAGAUGAAAAAAAUAAGCUUAACCAGUUGAAGAAUCAGCUGGGACAUCACCUUCUGUGCUGCCUGUUCCGAAUUUACAUUGGCUUUGUGUGCGCUGAUUUGGGCUUCUUAAGUUGAAUGCAUUAUUAUUAUAUUUUUCUUAUACAAUUGCAUUGCGAAAAUUGUUGUAAGUCAGUGUAUGUUAAAUGUGAGCAUCUAAGAAACAAGAAAAGCAUCUACAGAGGCAAAACUCUGGAAAUUUAUGCUUGACAACAGCAUUCAUGUUAUUUCUCUCUUUAAUAAACAACUACAAAAACAUAGAAAAAUAAAAAAAAAUACUUGUUUACUAUUACCUACAGAUUUGAAAUGAUGCAUUUAAGAGCAUGCUACUCGAUACUGAAAGUUAAUGUGUUUAAAAAUAGCUGUCGUUUAAUGUUCUUUAAUAGUAUUGUUGCAUUCCUGAUUGUUUGUAUUAAAUGAAAUAAAAUGUGUUAUUAUGGGACCAAAGCUGAUAAGUGCGCUUGUGUUUUGAUGUUAUAAGCCUGCAAAAACCCAAAAUGAAUAUUGUUUACUGAUGUAAUGAUUUACUUUGUGAGCAAAACCUGACAAUUUGCCAAGAGGAUGUUUAAAACUUAAAACAUCUUUCCUUUCUUGCACAUUUUGCUAAAAUAAAUAAAUAA